UGCUCCGCAGGGCUCAGUGGCUGGUGCUGAGACUGGGCUGCAGCCCGAAGACAAAGGUGCGGCUGGGCCUUUCUGAGCAGUGGACGAGCCCAAGCCACGCACCAAGUGCUGCAAGCAGCCAGGCCAGCACAUAAAACACCACACCACCACCACCGACCCAUGGAGUGCUGACGCUUCUGCCCAUCUGGCCCUCCCAGGCCACCGCCAUGCUGAUCACUGUGUACUGUGUGCGGAGGGACCUCUCCGAGGAAACAUUCUCCCUCCAGGUCAGCCCUGACUUUGAGCUCUGCAACUUCAAGGUCCUCUGUGGACUGGAGGCCAGAAUUCCCUUGGAAGAGAUCCAGGUCGUCUACCUGGAGCGAUUCCUCACGGACGAUCACGCUUCCUUGGGUUCCUAUGGCCUCAAAGACGGUGAUGUUGUUGUCUUACUCCAGAGGGAUAAUGUGGCAUCUCAGCCUCUGGGGUGGACUCCAAGUCAGCCUCGGCUUGAUCUCAGUACAGUUCCUCAGCCCGGAACUUCAAGCUCCCGGCCUCAGCGCCAGCACCAAAGCCAGCCCCCGAAACACCAACUCCAGCAGCACCAGCAGCAGAAGCCACGGCAGAAAUAUGCUUCCCCCGCCCAGCUGUCCCACGGCUUGGCCUCUGGAGAGAAGAUGGCCUUGGCGGCAGGCGCGGACAGCCCCGCGCUGCUUCGCAGCAUGCUCCUUUCCAGUCCUCACGAUCUGUCCCUGCUGAAGGAACGCAACCCUGUCUUAGCCGAAGCCCUGCUCAGUGGAAACCUUGAGACAUUUUCGCAGGUCCUGAUGGAGCAGCAAAGAGAAAUAGCUUUGAGGGAAGAAGAGCGGCUUCGCCUCUACACUGCUGAUCCAUUCGAUCAGGAUGCUCAGGCCAAAAUAGAAGAAGAAAUCCGGCAGCAGAACAUCGAAGAAAACAUGAACAUAGCUAUGGAGGAGGCGCCCGAGAGCUUUGGCCAGGUGGCGAUGCUCUACAUUAACUGCAAAGUGAACGGAUAUCCCCUGAAGGCCUUUGUCGACUCAGGAGCCCAGAUGACCAUUAUGAGCCAAGCUUGUGCCGAGAGAUGUAACAUAAUUAGGCUCGUGGACCGGCGGUGGGCCGGUGUCGCUAAAGGGGUGGGCACACAGCGGAUCAUUGGCCGUGUUCAUCUGGCUCAAAUUCAGAUCGAAGGUGAUUUCCUUCAGUGCUCCUUCUCUGUGCUCGAGGAGCAGCCAAUGGACAUCCUCCUAGGACUGGACAUGCUUAGGAGACACCAGUGCUCCAUCGAUUUGAAGAAAAAUGUGCUGGAGAUUGGCACCACCGGCACACAGACGCCCUUUCUCCCAGAGGGUGAGUUACCCUUGUGCGCUAAGCUGGUAAGUGCUGCUGGGCAACAGGAGUUCUCAGACAGAAAGGACAAUAGCAAACGUUCAGUCAAGGAUUCUGGGCGAAGGAAGCACUGAAGCCGGUUGGAAUAUGUCACCACCGUGAGGGGGCGUCCAGCUCGGGGCCAUAAGAUAGGA